AUGGCAACUUCCAAUCUCCCCAACGAUCACGUACACGACGUUCCCAGAUCAUUGACCUCGGACUAUGCCUUCCCUUUCGCUGCCGCUCCAGACAUAAUACGUUCCAAUCAGAAAGAUAUUUACUUCCAAGGCGUCCUCUUUGAGCAGCUCUCUACUAUCCUUCGCCGUCUAUACGGGUCGCGGUUCUCUCACAGAUACGGCUCCGAAGCCCGCACAUUCACUGAGCUGCUUUAUCUUGGGCUCACUACCGUGCUUGGCAAUCGCAGCCUGGGCGAGGAGUACUGUGAUAUCUAUCAGAUCGAAAAUCAGUCCAGGCAGCUUCCCGCCAUAGGUCGCCGCACAGGCUACGUACUCUCGGCCGUUCUCCUACCCUAUACCCUCAGCAAGCUUCUCCCCAGUCUUCGCUCUCGCAUUCGCCUCAAGAUCGAAAGCAAUCUCAGUCGGGCACCAAAGUCUCCUAGAGCCUCUCUAUACCAUCGUCUCCAGUUCUAUCUCCUAGAGAACCUGUCCACCAUAACCUCAGUCUCGACUUCCCCCAUAUGCGCUAUUUUUCUCGCGGUCUUCUACUUCACAGGCUCCUACUAUCACCUCAGCAAGCGGCUCUUCGGGCUACGCUACAUCUUCUCGAAGCGCCUGGCCCCCUCCGAACAGCGCGUAGGCUAUGAAGUUCUCGGUGUGCUAUUAGUGCUUCAAAUAGUUGUGCAGGCUUAUCUGCACGUCCAGAAUACUAUCACAACCGCUCUACCAACAGAGGGAUCCAGUGCUUUCCUCGAUGAUGGGGUGGAGAUAGGUCUCCAAAGCCACCAAGGAACCCAAGAAGCUGGCGACCUACUGGAGCCCUCAAAAUCCAUGGAGAAAGCAGAUACCAGCCGCAAUCGUAUCUCAGUUACAACCCAUACGCCCCUCCCCACGUCCUCCCUCCCGCGCUACGAUCUCUCAGAUCCGUCAUGCCUCGCCUGGUUACAACCGAAGCAGCAAAGAAAAUGCACACUGUGCCUCGAGCCGAUGAAAGAUCCAUCAUCUACAACUUGCGGACAUACGUUUUGCUUCACGUGUAUUUUAGACUGGCUGGGUGAGAAGCAAGAAUGUCCAUUAUGCAGGCAAAGGGCUUUGAGCCAACACGCUGAGCAGGCUUGCGUGGUAAAUUGGAGAGUUGCGUCGAAAGAUGGUAUACCAAUAUUGGUUAAUGUGCUGCUUGAGUGUUUCCGUUGCGAUUAUCUCCAAUCUCAAAAAAUCUCAGACUUUGAGCAGAUCCUUCAUACCGUACAGUCUCAUCAGAUCAAAUCUUGUUUCCCCAAGAAGUCGCAGCCGAGAAGCAGGUUUGGAUCCAGCGCGAGAAGCUCUGGCAGGUCGAAAGCUACAGAUCAUACGUUUUCUGGAUUUCAGGCACGACCCAAGGGGCAGGGAUCUUUUCCACCCGGUCCUAUGGCGAACAUGACGGAGAACGCGCGCAAGAAGCAUCUUUCGUGA